UUGUGAAUUGCAUUCUUUAGUUUUAUUUUACGCAUAUGGUUACGAAAUACGCUGAUACGACAAUUUGGUCUGAUGAAACGAAGAUCAAUCGGUUUGGUUCGGAUGGCCGCCACUACGCUUGGAAAAGGGUAGAUGAACAGCUUCAACCUAAGCAUGUUAAGCAGACGGUUAAGCAUGGUGGUGGUAGUAUCAAGAUCUGGGGGUGUAUCACGAUGGAUGGACCUGGUUAUAUGGCCAAAAUUGAUACUAUAUUGGAUAAGGAGCUCUACCUGGCCAUCUUGCAAGGUGAAUUGGUUGAAACCUUUAAAUGGUAUGGCUUGGAUCCUAGCAAAGUCAUCUUCCAGCAAGAUAAUGAUUGCCGACUGGUUAGCAAAAGAUGGCCGUUUUGGUCGUUCAAAGAUGUGUAGGGUUGGUGCCGCGACUGUCCGGAUGAGAAGUUUAUGGGUGCUCAAAGAGGAACAUCGACGUGAUGCUUUGAACAAAGUCUUUAAUACACCCUCCUACAGGAAAAAGGUGCGCGAGACAAAACAACGAGUAAAACUGAUCCAACGCAUGGUGGAAAUCCUGAAAUUGAAAUGUCUUUGUAAAAAGGUGUAUGUAUCUCCCAUUUGCUCUGCCAGCUCACUCUUGCUUGAGCGUGAUUUCAGCAACAAUACUGCAACUGUGAUGGACAAAAUUAAGUACAAAGAUGGUCAUUUUCAAGACUUUGUCAUGCAUGGCAACCCUUCCUAUUACCAACGGUACACAGAUAUGGAAUCAGAUCUAGUCGAGACUGAGGACAAAGUGAUGCUCAACACCCGCACACAAGUCGUUGACUACAUGAAUCAAAAUUUGGUGGUUGAAAGCUUUGUUAUAUCAUCGGUAUGUCAAAACAGAUUAGGGACCAAAUAUUACAAAACCAACGGGAAUCGCAAACAAGAAUGUUACAAGAUGGUGCCUUGUAUGAAGAAUUAA